AACGCCAGCCCCGGCCAAUCAAAUACCCCUUCCUUCCUUCUUCCCCAAUAUCCACGCUACCAUUAACUCUGCAAGCUAAGGUAGCUAGCUAGCAGCAUGGCAACAGCAGCGGCGGCCGGCAUCAGUCUCUCCUCCCCGAUUCGGACAGUGCCCGUCGCCAAGGCUGAGCUCCUCGGGCGCAAGCCGGUCAGGAUCGGACAGAUGCUGCCGUUGCAGCGCAUGGCGGCGACGGCCGGGCGGGGCCGGGUGGUGGUGGUAAAAGGCACGCAGUCGUCGACGCCGCCGGAUAUAUCGGAGAAGGUGGAGGAGAGCAUCAAGAAGGCGGAGGAGGCGUGCGCCGGGGACGCCGUGAGCGGGGAGUGCGCGGCGGCGUGGGACGAGGUGGAGGAGCUCAGCGCGGCGGCGAGCCACGCCCGGGAGGCCCUCAAGGCCAACUCCGACCCCCUCGAGAAUUACUGCAAGGACAACCCCGAGGCCGACGAGUGCCGCACCUACGACAAUUAACUCAACGGCAUGCAGCCAUGCAGGUGCAGCAGCAGCAGCUCCAUUUGCAACUAUUUUAAUCGUCUACGGUUGCUGUGAUUAAGUUGAUAGGACGUUUUAAAGUUUGGAUUAAGUCAUUAAUGAUAGACUAUAUCUUCUGCUUAAAUCAGUAAUUAAAACAAUAAUGCAGUGAAGAAAAGUAGUUUAAGUUA